AUGUCCGGGCUACGUGCAAUCAGCCUAUUCUCGCCCCGAGGCUCCAAGGCCCUCAACGCUAUACUUUCGCCAGUCCACUCUGCACAGCUCGCAAGGCAAUACGGUGGCAUCCGGCAAAUCAACUAUGGUCCAGGACCGCAAACAGUUUUCAGCACCGAGUUUUGGAAAAACUUAAUACCUAAGCCGUUUCGCUCGAAUAAUCGCAUGAAGCUGCGAAAGACAAAGUCCAAGGACUGGAACCCAGCUACCUUUUACAUUGUCAUUUUCCUGUUCAUUGGGUCGAUGUCUAUCCAGAUGAUAGCCUUGCGCAGGAACUUUGAAAACUUUAUGCGACAGUCGGAUGUCAGGAUAGGUCUGCUUCGUGAGGUGGUUGAAAAGCUGCAGAAGGGAGAGAAAGUCGAUGUUGAGCGGGCUUUGGGCGCAGGCGAUCAACAAAAGGAACAAGAGUGGGAAGAUGUCCUCCGAGAGAUCGAAAACAGCACCCCAAAACCCAAGUCGAAGCGCCAGAAGAAACAAGCAUCAACAGAACCAGCCGCAGCUGAAGACACCGAACAGAACUCUGAGCCUAAGCCAAGGAGGACGUCCAGCGCCGAGUUCUUUUAG